AUGUGUUUGCAUUUAUUUAUUUAUUUAUUUACCGUGUCUUCUCUUAAAUCAUCCGCCCAGGAAACAACCAUGCCUUUCGGUAACACGCACAAUCAGGUGAAGAUGAACUAUGCCUCCGAGCAGGAGUUCCCGGACCUCAGUAAACACAACAAUCAUAUGGCCAAAAUCCUGACUCCGGCUAUGUACGAGCGGCUGAGGAGCAAACAGACACCCAGUGGAUUUACUCUGGAUGAUGUCAUUCAGACUGGGGUUGACAACCCAGAAUCAGCAGCUGAUAAUCCCCCUGCUGCCUUCAGCUCUGAGAGUAUGGCCAAGAUGACGCUGAAGAGGCUGUCGGCCCAGGACGAGUUCCCAGAUCUCAGUCAGCACAACAACCACAUGGCCAAGUUCUUAACCCAGGACAUGUACAAGGCGCUGAGAGAGAGGGCGACACCCAACGGCUUCACCAUAGAUGGUGUCAUUCAGACAGGGGUUGAUAAUCCCGGCCACCCCUUCAUCAUGACCGUGGGCUGCGUGGCCGGGGACGAGGAGACGUACGAGGUCUUCAAAGAGCUGCUGGACCCCGUGAUCGAGGACAGACACGGAGGAUACAAACCCUCAGACAAGCACAAGACUGACAUCAAUUCAGAUAACUUGAAGGGCGGCGAUGACCUGGACCCCGACUACGUUCUGAGCUCCAGGGUCCGAACCGGCCGCAGCAUCCGCGGCUUCUGUCUGCCGCCCCACUGCAGCCGGGGGGAGAGACGGGCCGUGGAAAAGCUCUCCGUCGAAGCUCUGGACUCUCUGACCGGAGACCUGAAGGGCAAAUACUACGCACUGAAGAACAUGACGGACGCCGAGCAGCAGCAGCUCAUCGACGACCACUUCCUGUUCGACAAGCCAGUCUCUCCUCUGCUGCUGGCCUCAGGAAUGGCCCGUGACUGGCCAGACGCCCGAGGCAUCUGGCACAACGACAACAAGACAUUCCUGGUGUGGGUAAACGAGGAGGACCACCUGCGUGUGAUCUCGAUGCAGAAGGGAGGCAACAUGAAAGAGGUGUUCAAUCGCUUCUGCACCGGACUCACAAAGAUCGAGAACCUGUUCAAGGAGAGGGGCCAUGCCUUCAUGUGGAACGAGCACCUGGGGUACGUGCUCACCUGCCCCUCCAACCUGGGCACCGGGCUGCGUGCGGGCGUGCACGUCAAGCUGCCAAACAUGAGCAAACACGCCAAGUUCGAGGAGGUUCUCAAGCGACUGAGGCUCCAGAAACGCGGAACAGGCGGCGUGGACACGGCUGCGGUGGGAGGAAUCUUCGACAUCUCUAACGCAGACAGACUGGGCUUCUCCGAGGUGGAGCUGGUGCAGAUGGUGGUCGACGGGGUCAAGCUCCUGGUGGAAAUGGAGAAGAAGCUGGAGAAGGGGCAGUCCAUCGAUGACCUGAUGCCUGCCCAGAAGUAAAGCCAUUCCUGAAACUCCCAACUCCCUUACCUUCACACCCCUUCAAGCCCCUGACUCC